CAGAGAUUCUUUAUCUCAUUCACAUACACACACCUUUCCGAUACCUUUUCUCCGGCAAUAAACCAAUGUCAGAAACCCACCGGCCACGAGCGGAUGAGAUCCAAAUAAAAGUCAACUCACGGCGGCACAACGGAAACACAAUUCAUCCAGUAGAACUCGAAUCAUCACCCUUAAACGCCGGAUAUAAUCAUAAUCAAACACCGUCGCCAUUCCGUGAAAUAAAACAUUUUAAAAAGUGGUUUCCAUGGUUAAUACCGAGCUUUGUAAUAGCAGAUACUGUAUUGUUUAUAAUAACUAUGUAUGUUAAUAAUUGUCCUCAAAAUUCGGUAUCUUGUAUUGCUAAUUUCUUGGGCCGAUUAUCUUUUCAACCUUUCAAAGAAAAUCCUCUUCUUGGGCCCUCUUCUUCCACGCUAGAGAAGAUGGGAGCGUUGGACGUGGGUAAAGUGGUUGAUCAUCACCAGGUUUGGCGUCUGAUUACUUGCAUUUGGUUGCAUGGUGGACUUUUUCAUUUAUUGGCAAAUAUGCUGAGUUUGUUAGUCAUUGGCAUUCGACUUGAGCAAGAAUUUGGGUUCAUACGCAUUGGGUUGCUUUAUAUCAUCUCUGGUUUUGGUGGUAGUUUAUUAUCUGCACUCUUCCUUCAGUCAAAUAUAUCAGUCGGUGCUUCUGGUGCAGUUUUUGGGUUGUUAGGUGCAAUGCUUUCUGAACUCAUAACUAACUGGACUAUAUACGCUAAUAAGCUGGCAGCGUUAUUGACCCUUGUGAUCAUUAUUGCUAUCAAUCUGGCUGUGGGGAUUCUGCCACAUGUGGAUAAUUUUGCUCAUCUUGGUGGGUUCUCUUCUGGUUUUCUUCUUGGGUUUGUGUUCUUGAUGCGUCCCCAAUUUGGAUGGGUUAGCCAAAGAUACUCUUCUGCUCAUUCUAGACCUGGAGCUAACCCUAAAUACAAGAUGUAUCAACGUGCUCUUUGGCUCCUUUCACUCAUUCUUUUGGUGGCCGGGAUGAUUACUGCUCUUGUUUCACUUUUACGUGGAGUCAACUUAAAUGAUCAUUGUUCUUGGUGUCAUUACAUGAGUUGUGUUCCUACAUCAAGGUGGAGCUGUGACACGACGCCUGUGUCCUGCAUGUCUGAGCAAACUGGCAACCAGUAUACGCUAACAUGUUCUAAUAGUAGUAAAAAUGGAACCUACUUGUUGACGAACCCAAACUCAUCUCAGUUACGAGGUCUUUGCACUCAGCUUUGUAGAUGAUUGUUGUCAAUGGUACACUUCCCCCCACAUGUGUUUUACAAACACUAUCUGUAUAAUAAAUAUAUGAUUCAUUUUUUUUGGUUAUAAUACUCAACAUUUUGAGGAAUGUAACAUAGCAACUCAACAUAUAUGCAUUUACUUUGGUAAUAGAUCGAUUUACAGUUGAUUGUUUUUUUUUUUUA